AUUGAUUUGAUAAGCUUCAGAGUCCCGCUAUGGUCUCUCUCCCGUACGUCGGACCUUCGGCGUCCUCGGUGACAACACACAACGACUACUUCAGCGGACGUAGCUAACUGGGAUUGCUUAGGACUGCCACUGGGAGGGAACCACGGGCUGGAGAGCCAAUAGAAGACCACUACAACGAGUCGGAAAGAAUUAAUGUUCUUAGGCUCACUCAACGGCGGAGGCACUGCACGAGUAAUUGUACAAGUUUAUUUAGACUCCAUCAUAAUAAGACCAGAAGCAAAUGAAGGCAAUCUCACCAGUCGCUUGCUCAAUAGUGUUGAAAUAUUCCUGUAAUCAUUGACCCCAAGCCCCGAGGCGUGAAUUGCCCCUGAGGAGGAGCUGAUCAUCGACAGCGUCACCAACAACAUCAUCAACACGUGGAUGUCCAUAUCACCCAACAACUCUGGACAGCAGCAUGCCGACAGAUAGUGUUUCUGUGCAUUCAUUCGUUCCCAAGGAUUCCAGUACAGAUCAUUCAAAAGGAUAGCUUCGGGAUAUCCCUCUCGGCCAUGGCUAACGUAAGCGGCAACCUCAGCGACGGGGACGUCUAUGAGGCGUACGACUACUACGACUACGAGUAUGACUAUGAUGCCAGCGUCAACAACCUACCUUUAAUAGAGUUUAUUCCUUCGGUUCUAGUCUACUCUAUAACGCUGCUGGUCGGCGUCGUUGGGAACUCCCUCGUCAUUUUCUCCAUCUCAUACUACGGACGACAAAAAAACGUCACCAACGUUUUUCUUUUAAGUCUGGCGUCGGCGGAUUUGUUGCUGGUCACUGUUUGCGUUCCGAUUAAGUUUGCAGCUUUCUUCAGUUUUACGUGGCAAUACGGCGAGUUUAUGUGCAAGUCCGUCCACUACAUACAGAACGUCUCCAUGAUCUGUUCAGUGUGGACCCUCACUACCAUGAGCAUAGAACGUUUCAUCGCCAUUCGGUAUCCCCUGAGAGCAAAGUAUGUCUGCACCAUUACGCAUGCGCGACUGGUCGCCGUGCUAGUAUGGGUGUUUUCCUUCGUCUUCGCUGUUCCUAUCAUAUUUGGCAGGAUUCACAAAGAGGUUGGAGUCCACCGGAAGGCCUAUUGGUGCAUCAAGGAGUGGCACCCGCCCGUGUUCAGCAUCCUGUUUGAGAUGUACAUGUUCAUCAUGAUGUUCUUCAUCCCCAUCUGCUUCAUGGUGGUCGCCUACACCUUCAUCUGCGUAGAGGUCUGGAAGGUGGCCGGCAUGCGGGCUAGUAUGAGAUCAGGGAGGGUGAUCUCGACAGCGCCAUGUCACUACCGGAGCCAUGACGUCCGAUGGGAAAACCACGACGCCAGCACGCCUCUCACCAGCCACGGCAUUCAAAGAAAACCAAAGAAGACAUUCUCGGAUGACAAUGUGGUCAGAAAACAGGUCGUUGUCAUGCUGAUGGUGGUCGUGUUGUUGUUCGCCUUCUGCUGGGGCCCCAUUAUGCUGAACAACGUGCUGACUGCGUUCGGCGUCCUUGGACAUCAUCACAUCGGUUGGCUGAAGUACAUGCGGAUGGCGUUCUGGUUGAUGGCCUACAUCAACAGCUGCGUCAACCCCGUCGUCUACGCUUUCAUGUCAAAGAACUUCAGACAAACCUUCAAAUACGCGUUGUGCGCAUGCGUGAAGGGAAAAGCUUUUGUCCGUGCCUACCGUUUCAGCAGAUCCUUCAACAGCACUCGGACGUCGGUGAUGCAGACGAAUGGCCGUGUUGUCUAUCCAAACGACAACGUCAGCAGUGGCGUCUCCGUUAACAUGGCUCCUCGUGCUGUGACGUCAUCGGAAUAUAUUGAGUUGGAGAAACUGACAGAGUAGAACUGGAUACGUGUUAGUGAGGGUAAAGGAAAACAAUAUUAACAGAUGGUGAUUAUGAUGACGAUCGUGAUGAGGAUGAUGAUGAUGGUGAUUAUGAUGAUGAUGAAAUCAUUAUUGACAGAUUCACAGUUUGGAGAAAUUAUAUCACCUUUUCCACUGAUUUGCGAACGAGACUGACGAGAUAGGACUCGUGUUCACAUACUUGAUAACUCUACAGACAAUAUUUAUUUAUUUAUUUAUUUAUUUAUUUAUUUAUUUAUUUAUUUAUUUA